AUGGGGGAUUAUAGUAAUAAUGAAAAUUCUGAAAUUGAUUAUAAUUUCAUGAAAUCUGAAGAUGACGGUCAAUUAAGAGAUAAUUUGGACUUCAAAUAUGAAUCCUUUCGUCACUACGGUGAUAAUGAUGGUAAUAAUAUGGGGGCUCACAUAUCCAAUGAAGGAAAUGAUGAAUUUAAUGCUUUUAAACAUGGAAAUAAUAUAGACAAUAACUUAAUUAAUGAUAUGAACACACAAGAUAAGAAUUAUAAUCCAGAAAUUACUUUUAACAUUCCUGGAGCUUUUGAUAAUGGACAAGUGGAGAAAAUGGAAAUAGAUGAUUCACCUCCAUUUACAAUAGAAUCAGAUUUAUAUUUUGAUAGUCAAAGUCAACAAAAUGUAGAUACAAAUGACUUAGAUUAUGAUAGAAAAGAGAUGUUUCAAAGUCAUUUCAAUCGUCAACAGUUUUUAAAUGUUAGGGGUAGUAAUUCCCUGAUUCUGGGUAUGGGUAUGAUCAAUGGUGCUGCGCCCGGAAACUCUGGGGUAGGUAAUGGGAAUAAUAUGAAUGGGAUUCCUGGUAACAUAUCGACCCCUACACCAUCAUCUGCUUUACAAUUUGAUACUCCCAAGUCAACUCAAUUCACUUCUUUUGAUAAUCAUCAUGAUAAUAACUCAAUUUAUUCAAGUUUUUUAAAUGACAACGAAGUCGGAAGUUUUAACGAUCACAUGAGAACUCAAUCCAUUGAUGGAGGAUCAAGUUUCAAUCCCACAUCGUUAUCUGUUAAUCCCAAUAAUCCUAAUAGUUUGAAUAUCGGGAUUUAUCAAAAUUAUGAAUUAUCACCUUUAACAACAACUACUUCAUUGACCCCUUCUGUUAAUUCAUUACAUUCGAAUCAACCUUCAUUUUUUUCAGCUCAACAAUACUUAUCUCGUCAUUCCGUUGAUAACGGUAAUUCAUUUGAUCAAAAUUCUUUGAGUAAUUCAAUUAACAAUUCAAUUAAUUCAGGUAAUCAAAAGAGAAAUGUUAGUGGUAGAUAUUUAAAUUUUAAUUCCAUUUCAAACUAUAUACCGUUUAUGAAUGAUAAAAGAAAUGGUCAAGAUAGAACUAGUCCAAAUGGUGGGCCUCCGUCACUUUUAACUCACACUUCAUCAUUAUUUAAUACUAGUUCAACCCCUAGACAACAAUCUAAACAUUUGAUUAGAAGUAUAUUCAAAUCUAACCCUAGUGAAGGUCAAUCACAAGAAUUACCUGAAACCGAAGGCUUAAACAUUAAUUUAGGUCCUGAUAUGGAAGAAGAUUUUCAAAGUUCAGAUUUUUUAAUGAUGAGUCCUCAGGAAACUGAUGAUAAUUUAGAUCCCUUGCCUGUUAAAAAAUCCAAGAAGACUAAAAGAGGGUUCUUAAACAGAUUUAAAGGUCCAAAACAAGAUGAAAAUUCCGAAAUCGAACAAGUUGAUAAUUCAAGUAAAAAUAGUGGUAAUAAUUCAUUCCAUGAAGAUGAAAUUGAUCAUGUAUUCCAUGGUAAUAUGAGUAGAACCCCUUCAUCAGCUAAUACUGUAAGAACUAACAAUAAUGUCAAUACCAGCAAUGGGAAUAUCAGUAUGAAUAAUACAAGUAAUGGUAAUGUAUCAUUAGAUAAUAUUACCCCUAAUCUUCAAGAAGGUAAGGGGCCAGAUUAUGCAGCAUUAUUUGAGAACGUUGGUAAAAGAAAACCUAAAAAAGUUAGUAAGCCUUCGAACACUUUAUCUUUUAAGAAGAAAAUAAAAGCUGAAGAUGAAUACAAUGAUAUUCACUCAAAUAAUCUGUAUGGUUCAGAAUCAUUAUCAGUUUCAACAUCAAAUACUUCACAUUCUUAUAAUGUCAAGGUUGAAGACGAUAAUGAAGAAUUUAAUGAUGAUGAUGAAUCAUUAACUUCAGCUUCCAAAAGAAUUUUGGGUUCAAAGCUAAUGAAACGUAAAGGAAUCAAAAAAGAAGCUGAAAUAAAACAUGUUAAGAGCAAAAUCGCAGGUGAUAAAGGAGUGGAAGUUGAAGUCGACCUUAAAACUCUCGAUUUACCUGAAUCCACACAAAUUUAUCCUGCAAAUAUAGUGACUUCAAAAUCAAGAAUUAGAGGUAGAAAGGAAAACAAGGAAGCAGAUUUGACUGAUUCUUCGAAAAUUUAUUUAUGUAAUUAUUGUUCCAGAAGAUUCAAAAGACAAGAGCAUUUAAAAAGACAUUUUAGAUCUUUGCAUACUUUUGAAAAACCUUAUGAUUGUGAUAUUUGUCAUAAGAAAUUUAGCAGAUCAGAUAAUUUGAAUCAACAUUUGAAGAUUCAUAAACAAGAGGAAGAGAUGAACUCCCUUAAUUAG